GUCAGUAGAGCGGCGCACUCGUCCCCGCCCGCACGCAGCACGCAAUACACUGCACCUCGGCCCUGUCUACACGCCACGUCGUACACGACCUGUCAACUGACCGACACUAGGUAACUUUCCAAAAUAUCUAAGCUCCAAAGCGUUAUCCGACUUAGUGUAAGGUCGAAGACGAAGGCGUGACCGCGGCCAUGCUGGUCGUGCUGUUGGCAACGCUGGUGGCGGUACUGGCGUGGUUAUGGGCCGCCGGAGCGUACAGCUACUGGCGACGCCGUGGGGUCCGCCACGACCCUCCGCUGCCGCUGUUCGGCAACAACGCCAGGAACUUCUUCAUGAAAAAAAGCAUGUCGGAGCUCGCUGACGAAGCGUACUGGAAAUUCCCGUCGGAGCGGGUUGUCGGGUUCUACCGAGGCUUCCGCCCAGAGCUCGUCAUCCGCGACCCCGAGAUCGCCAAACGCAUUCUGACUAUCGACUUCAUGCAUUUUUAUCGUCGCGGGGUGAACGCGCACGACAAGGUGAUCGAGCCCAUGUUGCGCAACCUGUUCUUUGCGGACGGCGACGUGUGGCGGCUGCUGCGCCAGCGCAUGACGCCGGCCUUCAGCAGCGGCAAGCUGCGCGCCAUGUUCCCGCUGAUAGCAGAGCGCGCGGAGCGGCUGCAAGCGCGAGCGCUGGCCGCCGCGCUCGCCGGCCAUGAGCUAGACGCGCGCGAUCUUAUGGCGCGCUACACCACGGACUUCAUUGGCGCAUGUGCCUUCGGACUCGAGGCAGACUCGCUCAACGACGAGAAUUCGGCGUUUAGACAGUUGGGUGCCAAAAUUUUCUCACCGUCAAAGAAAAUUUUUAUUACUUCACUUUUGAAGCUAAUGUUCCCCGAAAUAUUCAAGUACGCUAAAACUCAGGGAGCGGCGGAACAGGGUAUCGUCAGCUUAGUGAGAGAUAUACUGAGCCAAAGAAAUUACCUACCGUCGGAGAGAAACGACUUUAUAGAUCUGCUCCUGGAGUGCCGGGCCAAGGGAAUCAUGGUGGGCGAGUCGAUAGAGCAUUGCAACGGCGAUGGUACACCGGCGACAGCGACGCUAGAGUUGGACGAGGAGCUAAUGGCCGCGCAGGUGUUCGUGUUCUUCGCGGCAGGUUUCGAGACUUCCUCGUCAGCGACCAGCUUCGCGCUACACCAGCUCGCGCACCACCCGGAAGAACAACGCCGGGCGCAGCGAGAGGUGGACCGGGUGCUGGCCGCGCACGGUGGCCGCCUCACCUACGAAGCCGUCAAGGAGAUGGCCUACCUGGACUGCGUGCUCAAGGAGAGCAUGAGAAUGUUCCCGCCACUGGGAUUCUUGAUCAGGCGAUGCUCGAGGCCGUACAAGAUCCCAGAUAUGGAGCUAACGCUGGAGGCGGGCGUCCACGUAAUCGUGCCCCUGCAGGCGAUGCACAACGACCCGCAAUACUUCACCAGCCCAGAGCGCUUCCUGCCGGAGCGAUUCUUACCGGGGCACGUCGACCGCUCUCGCGGGCUCUACCUGCCCUUCGGCGCGGGCCCGCGGGCAUGCAUCGGCGAGCGGCUGGGGCAGAUGCAGUCGCUGGCGGGGCUGGCAGGCGUGCUGUCACGCUGCACGGUGUCCCCGGGGCCGAGCACGGCGCGCGCGCUGCGCAUCGACCCUAAGACCAGCAUCGUGCAGAGCGUGCGAGGCGGCGUGCCUCUGCGCUUCUCCGCACGAGAACACGUCGCUCUCUAGCAGCUUCUCACCUUCGCAAUAAGGAAUAUGCGUCUCAUUUUUUUAAACGUUUCAAAAAAAUUGAUGUGAAAAAACAACCAUCGAGGUAAAAAAAUUACGAUUUCGCACAGCUAACACACGGCCAGAGUUUUAUGUCGUCAGCAACAAAGUAUUUGAUUGGUUCUCAGAGUUAUCAAAAGUCAAAAAGCGAUUCUUCUUCUUGAAGUGCCAUCUUCUUUCGAAGUUCGGCGAUCAUUAGGGCACCUUGCAUUCUGGACACCGCGGCUCUAAAAAGUGAACGGGCACACUUUCCAAACAACUGGCGUAAGUUGUUGAGCCAGUAUAUUACUAUUGCAAUACAUAAAGAGAUUAAAGCAACAAAUAAUAUUGCCUCGUCAUAUCGAUAAUAAAUUAUUAUCAAUAUUUAAAAACAUUUUGAACGUAAAUAUUUUUACUGCAUUACAUUACAUCCACACCCAUUUUUCUGCAAACAACGAAGGGAUCGAUAGAUAUCUGGCAUAAGUAUGUUAUUGUUAUAAAGGGAAAUAUCAGACAUGUGUAGCCCUCUCAUUCGUUUCAAUUUCAUUUGGCGUGCAACAAGACUCUUACGCCCAUAUCAUAAGAUCUUAUUUUCUCUAUUUUAACUGCAAGAGGUACAGAUAGUACACACUCCUGUUGUACGGUGUACUUAUUACCUCCAUGGCGUCGUCAUAAUAAGUGUCACUUGCUUCGACCAAUAGCGUUGCGUUUUUCAACAUGGCGAGGGAAUUUUGAAAAAAAAAAAGAAACUUUUUUAUGAUAUUUCGCUACUAAAACAUGUUAUAUUAAAAAUCUAAAUAUAAUUGUAUAAUAAUAGUAUACAAAAAAAAGUAGAGACUGUAAAUAUUUCGUUGAUAACUUGGAGAAAUUCAAUAAAACAGACUUUUGCGUGUACUCCGUCAGUUACAAGUUUUGAAUGCAGAUUAAUAAAAUUCAUGCUCCGUGACGGUAAUGCCGAAAUUUGUUCGAAAAGUGGCAGGCGCUCGCGAACAGAGACUAACCUAAGUAGGUUAAAAAACGUUUAUGAGUAUGAAUGUUUUUUCUAUUUGAAAUAUGUAUUUUAGUAUCAAAUAACUUUUAACAUAUGUUCAAUUUAACAAAUACAAUUAAGUAUUUCUUUGUUUUGUGUAUUUUGAAACCUCCGUAUACUUAUCUUGGUGUGGAAUGUAAGGAUAUUAAAAAAAACAUAAAAUAGAAAUUAUUUAAUUCAUCACAAUUAUACAAACUAAUUCUGAACGUCUUUAACUUAGCCUAAUGUUUUAUACUAGUACUAGCGGUCGACCGCGACAUUGCGCGGAAUUACAAAUAAUAAACAGCCCAUAUUCCCGCCGUCAUCUGACACCUCCAAAAAUCCUGGUCAAAGUCAAACGACCGGAGAUUAGCCGCAACUAACGCGGCUUGCGGACACACACAGACA